AUGAGAUGGAAUAACCUAACAAGACCUUCUGAAUUCAUCUUAAUGGGACUCUCCUCUAGACCUGAGGACCAAAAACCUCUUUUUAUCUUAUUUUUUACCAUCUACCUGAUCACACUGAUGGGAAAUUUAAUCAUUAUCCUGGCCAUCUAUUCAAAUAGUCACCUACAGACCCCCAUGUACUUCUUUCUAAGCAUACUUUCUUUCAUUGAUAUUUGCUACACUACAGUUAUUAUCCCUAAAAUGUUGAUCAACUUCUUAUCAGAGUCAAAGACCAUCCUCUAUAGUGAAUGCCUAAUCCAGGUGUAUUUCUUCUUAGCCUUUGGUAAUGUAGACAGCUAUCUCCUAGGCUCCAUGGCCAUUGAUCGUUAUGUAGCCAUAUGUAAUCCUUUUCAUUACAUUACUAUCAUGAGCUUCAAAUCCUGUGCCCUUCUAAUGGCAAUCUCCUUCAUAAUCCCAUGUCUUCACUCACUUCUCCAUGUUCACUUAGUCAACAGACUCACCUUCUGUGCCUCCAACAUCAUCUAUCACUUCUUCUGUGAUGUCAACCCAAUGCUCAAGCUGUCCUGCUCAUCAACAUUUGUCAAUGAAGUUGUGAUCAAAACAGAAGGCUUGACAGUUAUAAUGAUUCCCUUUAUGUGCAUCAUAGUUUCAUAUUUGAGAAUUUUAAUCACUGUUCUGAAGAUUCCUUCAGCAGCUGGAAAGUAUAAGGCUUUCUCUACCUGUGGCUCCCAUCUCACUGUGGUAAUUCUGUUCUAUGGAAGCAUUAGCUAUGUCUAUUUUCAGCCUCUGGCCAGCUAUACUGUCAAAGAUAGGAUAGGAACACUUUUCUACACCAUAUUUACUCCAAUGCUCAAUCCAUUUAUUUAUAGCCUGAGAAACAAGGACAUGAAACAGGGCUUAAAAAAGCUGAUAGUUAGGAUAAAGUCCCAAUGA